AUGAUAAUAUCAUAUCUCUCACUAAUUCUUAGUAAUGACUAUAGUACUUCUUGGUACAUCAAAAGUAAUGAGAAUAUAUGUGCUAUGAAACAAAGUUUGUCGAUAUUUUAUGGUACCAUAUGUUACUUCAUUUUAGUACUUGCUAGUUUUUCCUUUUACCUUAAAGUUGUUAUACAACAAACAACAACUAUGUCUCAUCAUACUAUUGGUGUGUUUGGAACUGCAUUUACAAUAAACCCUAGUUGUAACUUGUGUAUUUUUUUCACAUUUUUAGUGUUCAAGACCAAGAAUUUAUAUGCUACCGGCCCAGCCAAACGAGAUAAUCAAAUUAUGUCAAAAUAUUCUAUUGUAAAACAUGUUUGUGUCUAUCAAAUAAUUAAAUUUUAA